CCGACCCGGCUGCCUAAGGAAAUUGAGGAUGUUUUCCCCUUGGUUCGCCCGACCUGGGACUACGACACUGUUGCUGGUAGGGAGCGGCUCCGUCUCUAUCGCCAGGUACUCCUAGCGGGUCUCAAAGGGGCAGGGCGUCGCCCCACCAAUUUGGCAAAGGUUAAGCUCUCAAAGCCAGCCUAUUUUUGCCUUUGAAUGGAAAGAUCCUGAGAUGGGAUUCUCAGGACAACUCACUUGGACAAGGCUGCCACAGGGAUUCAAAAACUCCCCCACUUUGUUCGAUGAAGCCUUGCAUCGGGAUUUGGCAGAUUUCCGAGUUGGCCAUCCGGACCUCGUCCUCCUGCAGUACGUGGAUGAUUUGCUCCUGGCGGCUAGGACAGAACAGGAUUGUGUAAAAGAAACCGAGUCCCCCUCCCUAGUAAUGCAUGAUUGCCACCAGAUCCUAGCUGAAGUCCAUGGCACCAGAGGGGACUUGAAGGACCAGCCUUUGCCAGAUGCUGAAGCAACCUGGUACACCGAUGGGAGUAGCUUUCUACGAAAUGGUGAGCGUAAAGCCGGGGCAGCCGUGGUAGAUGGGAAAGCUGUCAUUUGGGCCAGUGCCUUAGAGCCUGGGACUUCAGCUCAAAGGGCAGAGCUUAUAGCCGUAACUCAGGCCCUAAGAAAGGCUAAGGACAAAAAGGUCAACAUUUAUACUGACAGCAGAUAUGCUUUUGCAACUGCCCAUGUUCAUGGAGAAAUAUACCGUAGAAGGGGUCUCCUAACCUCAGCAGGUAAAAACAUCAAAAACAGAGAAGAAAUACAAGAUCUUCUCCAUUCCCUCUUUCUGCCGAGAAAACUGAGUAUAAUUCACUGUCCUGGGCAUCAGCGAGGCAAUGACCCAGUAGCAGAGGGGAACAGGAUGGCCGAUGAGACAGCACGGGCCGCUGCACUAGGCCCACAGGCCCUCUCCCUACAAGUACCAGAGGCUGUCCGGACACCGGGGCAACUCUCUCUCGAGUACUCAGACAGCGACCUAGAUAUCGUCCAGCAAAUAGGGGCAAAAUAUGACGAGCAAAUGAAGGUCUGGAAACACCAAGGGAAGACGGUCCUGCCCCAGAAAAGGGCCAAAGAACUGGUGACUCACCUCCACCGAUGGACUCACCUCGGACACAAAAAAAUUAAAAGCACUCCUCCGGAGAGAAGGUCAGACCUAUUACAUUCCCAAACUCCCCUCCCUGAUCCAACAGGUAACCGAAGCUUGUGUACCUGUGCUAAGGUAAAUACCAAACACCUCAAGAUGCCUGAGGGAACCAGGAUGAGGGGAGAAAGACCCGGAACUAAUUGGGAAGUAGACUUCACCGAAAUCAAGCCAGGUAAAUAUGGUAACAAGUACCUCCUAGUGUUUAUAGAUACCUUUUCAGGCUGGACAGAAGCUUUCCCCACCAAGCAAGAAACCGCCCAGGUGGUUGUCAAGAAAAUCCUGGAAGAAAUUUUCCCCCGGUUUGGACUGCCCAAGGUAAUAGGGUCGGACAACAGCCCCGCCUUCGUCUCCCAGGUAAGUCAGUUGGUGGCCAGAUUACUGGGGAUAAAUUGGAAAUUACAUUGUGCAUACAGACCCCAGAGCUCAGGUCAGGUAGAAAGAAUGAAUAGAACAAUUAAAGAGACCCUAACUAAAUUGACAUUGGAGACUGGCACUAGAGACUGGGUCCAACUCCUCCCUAUGGUUCUGUUCCGAGUCCGGAACACUCCCGCGCGCCAUGGGCUAACUCCUUACGAGAUUCUCUAUGGAGGUCCCCCACCAGUAACGGACUUACUAGAUUCUGCUAUUGACCCUCUUGCUAACACUCCCGCUUUACAGGACAGGCUAAAGGCGCUCCAGAUUAUCCAGCACCAGAUCUGGAAACCCCUUGCGGCUGUCUACCGCCCCGGAGACACAACCGGCCCACACCCGUUCCAGAUCGGUGACUCCGUCUACGUCAGGAGACAUCAGUCCAGGACGCUUGAGCCCCGCUGGAAGGGCCCAUACACUGUACUACUGACCACCCCAACCGCCUUAAAGGAAGACGGCAUUGCUGCUUGGGUCCACGCCUCACACGUCCAGCGCGCCCCAUCAACGAGCACCGCUGACGCCAGCCAGGACGGACCGGACGAGCCACUCCAAUGGAAGCUCCACCGCACCUAAAACCCGCUCAAGAUAAGACUUUCAAAAAUUGUUCAAUGACAGUUGUUAUAUUCCUACCUCUCCUAGCGCUCUUCACCUCCGCCAAAGGUGACCCUCAUGCCCUCAAAAGGUUAACCUGGCAGGUACUAACGUCUGGGGGUGACGAGGUCUGGUCUAUAACUAAGACCGCCCCCGUGGGAACCUGGUGGCCUAACCUAUAUCCUGACCUAUGCAAGCUAACCAUAGGGGCCCCUAGCCCAUGGGACCUAGAGGGAUACUUCGACACCUCUAGAGCCCCUAGCCAAGAAAGCCCUCCAGGGCGACUGGGAUUAGACCCAUGGGGAGGAUGUGGCACGCCUGACAGAAGGGCCAUGCUAAGCACUCUUCCCUUUUAUGUCUGUCCCUGGCACCACAGAGAUCCCAGGCUAAAUCCCACCUGUGGAGGAGGGGAAUACUUCUAUUGUAAAAAUUGGGGGUGCGAAACUACGGGGGAUACAGAAUGGAGGCCCUCCUCCUCCUGGGAUUAUAUCACUGUCAAGGCUAACAACCCUUACAGAAGUUUCAGGACAGGGAACCUGCAUAGGAACACCCCCCCGGGGCUACCAGAGACUCUGCAACACUACCACCCCGAUUUUGGGGACUGAUUCUUACCUGGAGCCCCAGCCGGGAACUUGGUGGGCAUGCAACAAAGGCCUCACCCCCUGUGUGUCGGCCAAGGUUCUAAAUAGCUCAAACGACUUUUGUGUCAUGGUGCAGAUCAUACCCAGGGUGUUCUAUCACCCUGCUGAAACUCUAGAAAAUCAAUAUGAUAAACAUCCCACCCGUUUUCGGUGCGAACCUGUCUCCCUAACCUUAGCCGUUAUGUUGGGACUAGGGGUCGCUACUGGGGUGGGUACUGGCGCAGCUGCUCUGAUCCAGGGCUCACGGCGUUAUCUAGAACUCCAAACAGCUGUAGAUGAGGAUCUACGGACACUAGAGCAGUCCGUUUCUAAGUUAGAACAGUCCCUCACCUCACUUUCAGAAGUAGCACUUCAAAACAGGAGAGGCUUGGAUUGACUAUUCCUGAAAGAGGGAGGACUGUGUGCGGCGCUGGGAGAGGAAUGCUGUUUCUAUGCAGACCAUUCUGGAGUCAUCAGAGACUCCAUGGCCGAACUCAGGGAAAGGUUAAAUAAAAGACAAAGGGACCAGGAGGCCCAGCAGGGCUGGUUUGAAAGCUGGUUUAAUCAGUCUCCCUGGUUGACCACCCUAAUCUCUACCAUUCUGGGCCCUCUAGUUAUCCUGCUCCUGCUGCUAACUUUCGGCCCCUGCGUCCUCAACCGGCUGCUCCAGUUCAUCCGAGAAAGAUUGUCUAUUACCCAAGCUCUGGUAUUAACUCAGCAAUGUCGGGCCCUCCAAACUGAAGAAAUAAAUGUUCCCUAAGAUUUUAAGGUUAAAAUCAGCCCAAACAAGAGGAGGGAAUGAAGAAACCUCCCCCCUUGUAAGUAGGGCCAGCCCUAACCCAGAGGCAGCCCAUCCAGGCGCCUUCCUGAAAUUUUAGCAACUAAAAGCAUUCUGUUCACAAUAAGAAAACCAUUUCCCCCCACACCCUGAUUGGAAUGUCCCUGAAUAGGUUCAUGUUGACCCUCCCCAAAAUCAACCUGGAUGCCAUGCGACUCCCGCGGUUCUUUUGUCGGUUUCUUUCCUUUUGCCUUUAAAAGAUCCCUGUAAUUGCUAAUUGGGGCUCUUUUCCUCCUCGGAGGCGGAGAGCCCGUUUGCGCAAACGUUCAAUAAACCCUCUUGCUGAUUGCA